AUGCUAAGCGUUCAAACGGCUUUUUUACAUUUUGAAAAAAUCGAUAGCGAAAUAGUAGAGGAAAAGAAAAAGAGAAAAAGUCAAGCUUUGUCCGUGUCCCCUCUAAAGAUCGAUUGGUUAAAAAGAUUGAUUCGGCCAAGAGGGGGGAGGUUAUUUGAGGGAGAGGUUAUUCCUUUUUUGGGAAUUAACCUUUUUAGGGGGGAGGGUAGUAUUGUGUUGCGGACAAGACUUGCUUUCUUUCAAUUUUUGAAAAAUGAAUCCAAUUUUUUCAGUACUUCAGCAGCAGCAACAACAACAAAACUUCAGCAGCAGCAACAACAACAAAACUUCAGCAGCAGCAACAACAACAAAACUUCAGCAGCAACAACAACAAAACUUCAGCAGCAGCAACAACAACAAAAGCCCCAUAUUUGGGCACAAGCCCCAUGUUAG